AUGUCGAACUACCAGCCAACUGAGCACGACGGUCUCCGCAAGGAUGGCCAGCCUGACGGACGUGUCGGCACCGGCGAGUUCGCUCACGGCCAGGUCGAUCCUCAUGACGCCGGCAAGCAAGGCGGCAAGACCAGCGGCAGCUCCGGCUCUGAGGGUGGCAGCGACAACUCCCAGGGCUCAUCCAACCUAGGUGGUGAUGGACUUCGCAAGGACGGUCAGCCUGAUCAGCGAUUGAAGCAGAACCAGUAA